AUGUCUGACAUGGAUGAUGACUUCAUGUGUGAUGAUGAAGAGGAGUAUGACUUGGAGUACUCAGAAGACAGUGCUUCAGAGCCAGAUGUCGAUUUAGAAAACCAGUAUUACAACUCCAAAGCUUUGAAGGAAGAUAAUCCUAAAGGUUCUCUAGAGAGUUUCCAGAAAGUACUGGAUCUUGAGUCUGAGAAGGGAGAGUGGGGUUUUAAGGCUCUGAAACAGAUGAUUAAGAUCAACUUCAAACUGGGUCAUUAUGAGGAGAUGAUGACCAGAUACCAGCAGUUGUUGACUUACAUCAAGAGUGCUGUCACACGGAACCACUCUGAGAAGUCCAUUAACUCCAUCCUGGAUUACAUCUCCACUUCAAAACAGAUGGAGCUGCUGCAGAAUUUUUAUGAGACCACUCUGGAGGCCCUUAAAGAUGCUAAGAACGAUAGGCUGUGGUUUAAGACAAACACAAAGCUGGGAAAGUUGUAUUUUGAUAGAGGAGAGUUCACCAAACUGGCAAAGAUUUUAAAGCAGCUUCACCAAUCUUGCCAAACCGAUGAAGGGGAAGAUGAUCUCAAGAAAGGCACGCAGCUGCUUGAAAUUUAUGCACUGGAGAUUCAAAUGUACACUGCACAGAAGAAUAACAAGAAGCUAAAAGCUUUGUAUGAGCAGUCACUUCACAUCAAGUCUGCUAUCCCGCACCCGCUGAUUAUGGGGGUCAUUCGUGAAUGUGGUGGAAAGAUGCACCUGCGAGAAGGUGACUAUGAGAAAGCGCACACUGAUUUCUUUGAGGCUUUCAAGAACUAUGAUGAGUCUGGUAGCGGGAGACGCACAACUUGCUUGAAAUAUCUGGUGUUGGCUAACAUGCUGAUGAAAUCUGGGAUUAAUCCUUUUGAUUCACAAGAAGCAAAACCUUACAAAAAUGACCCAGAGAUUCUUGCUAUGACCAAUCUUGUCAGUGCUUACCAAAAUGAUGACAUCAAUGAAUUUGAAAAAAUUCUUAAGACCAACCGUAAGAACAUUAUGGACGACCCUUUCAUUAGGGAGCACAUAGAAGACCUGUUAAGAAACAUACGAACGCAAGUGUUAAUUAAACUGAUCAAGCCAUACACAAGGAUUCAUAUUCCGUUUAUUUCAAAGGAAUUGAACAUUGAUACAGAAGAGGUUGAAAGCCUCCUUGUUUCCUGUAUACUUGACAAUACUAUUCAUGGCCGCAUAGAUCAGGUCAACCAGCUUCUAGAACUGACCAGAACCUCACAAAGUGUUGAUAGAUUUGCUGGCCUGGACAGGUGGACCACACAGGUCAAUUCACUUCAUACUGCUGUUGUAAACAAGAUUGCAUGA